AUGUUACCUGUGUUUCUGCUCUUCUGCACCACCGGCGGCGUGUGGGGGACCGCCGCCGCCGCCGCCGCCGCCGGCCCUGCUCUGGGUUACGGACGUGGCCCGGAUAGGGCUGACAGAGCGGGGCAGGUGGCGCUGCUGUGCCCGUCUCCAUGCCAGUGUGAGGAAGACAGCAUCUUUGUCAUGGUGGACUGCUCCGAACUGGGACUAUCGUCUGUGCCAGCCAACCUCAGCCCGCUCACCACGUACCUAGAUCUGAGCAUGAACAACAUCAGCGAGAUCCAGCCCAGAGCCUUCCACCGCCUGCACCUGCUGUCAGAACUACGUAUUUCAGGAAACCAGCUGAGGUACAUCUCAGGCCACGCUCUCCAAGGUCUCCGCAACCUUAAAGUCCUGAUGCUGCAAAAUAACCAGCUGGAGAGACUGCCUGAUGAGGACCACUGGGAUCUGCCCAACCUGCUGUCCCUGGUCAGCGGGCAUAUAGAGGAUCUGCCCAGCUUUUACCACUGCUCUGCGUUGCAGGAAAUUGGAUUACAGCACAACCAGAUCAGGAGGAUAGAGUCCAGUACCUUCCAGCAGCUCACCUCUCUACGGGCUCUUGACCUGAGCUGGAACGACAUCGAGUGGAUCCACCCCGACGCCUUUGCCGCCCUCCACUCGCUGGUCAAACUGGACCUGACGGAGAACCGCCUCAGCUUGGUGCCGGUUGGAGGUUUGGGAGGUCUCACUCAUCUGAAGCUUAGGGGCAACACAGACCUGUAUGAGGCUUUCAGCCCUGAGCACUUCCCCCGUAUGAGGGUGAUCGAGAUGCCCUAUGCCUACCAGUGCUGUGUGUACGGGUCAUGUGACAGCUACAAGUCAGCAAGCCAGUGGGACGCGGAGCAGGGCAACGGCGAUGAGGACCUGCACAAGAGGACCGUGGCCAUGUACCCUAUGCACGGUGACACACACUAUGACCCUGACCUGGAGGAGUUCCAACUAGAAAUAGAGGAAUCCAAACUGCAGACCAGUGUUCAGUGUACACCCGUCCCAGGUCCUUUCCGUCCCUGUGACUCUCUCCUGGGCAGCUGGUUAGUGCGUGUGGGUCUCUGGUCUAUAUCGCUGCUGUCUCUGCUGGGGAACUCCCUCCUGCUGCUCUCGCUGCUGGGCUCAGCUGGCUUCCUCUCCCCACUCCGCUUCACGGUGGCAUGCAUGGGAGCCUCCAACCUGCUGACGGGCGUGUGCACAUGCACCCUGGCCCUGGUGGAUGCGCUCACGCUGGGGGAAUUUGGACAUCACGGCGCCCGCUGGGAGGGCGGUCCCGGGUGCCAGGCCACCGGGUGGGUGUGGGUGUUUGCAUCCGAGUCCAGUGUGUUGCUGCUGACCCUGGCUGCCGUGCAGUGCGGUGUGAGCGUCACAUGUGCCCGGGCCUACGGAAAGUCGCCGUCGCUCGGGAGCGUUCGCACGUGUGCACUUUUCUGCCUGACGUUUUCCCUCACCCUGGCCUCCCUCCCGCUGGUGGGAGUAGGGGAGUACGGGUCCUCUCCGCUCUGCUUGCCCUCCCCGCUGCCUCCCCCAUCUUCACGGCCUUCCUCCUCCCUGGGCUUCCCGUUGGCGCUCAUCAUGAUGAACACUCUGUGUCUCCUCAUCGUCACUGGUUCCUACAUUCGCCUCUACUGGGAGCUGCUGAGGAGGGAGUGCGAGGGCCUGUGGGACUGUGCGAUGAUCAAGCACGUCGCCUGGCUGAUAUUCACCAAUGGGCUCCUCUAUGUACCGGUGGCCUUCCUCUCCCUCUGCUCCCUGCUGGGCCUCCUUUCGCUCGGCGAGGAGGUGCUCAAAUCAGUCCUCCUGCUCCUCCAGCCGCUGCCCUCCUGCCUCAACCCACUCCUCUUCCUCCUCUUCACCCGAGACCACUCCCACUUCUUCUGGCCCCGCACAAAGGCACACCCACAGUUGCGCCGGGACCGCACCCUGGACUCGCUGGUUUCUGUGGAGACAGAGAAGAGCUCCUGCUCCGUCUCCUCCACAGUGUCCAUCGCUGAUGCUGACACCCUGUACGGUGGCAGGUCGUCCCUCCAACCCCAGCUGGAUCCGAUCCGGGUUUCCCACUGCACCUCCGCCUCCUCUUCCCCCCCCUCCGUUCCUCUCAUCCCCUGCAAGACGCCCUCUCCUGGUGGCAGAGAUAGAGACAGAGCGCCGGAGAGAGGGAACCCGCGAGAUGAAGAGUGCCUCAGCGGCUUGGAGCAGGAGGCGAACAGCAACGCUUGUCCUCCCUAUCACUCCCUCACGCCUCCUCCUAUCACCUCCCAUCCCUGA